GCUAGCAGAGGGGCGGCGGGGCCGCCGGUGCCGACCGACCCGGCCUUCCCUUCCUUUCCCUUCCAUUUCCCCGCUUCGUCCUCUGCCGGUGCCGCCGCUUUCUCCGGGAAGGGCGCAGAAAUUCUUCCUGUAUGGAUCAGCCUUCUAGUGAUGGUGAAACUGGAAGAAGACCACUCUAAGCAAACACAGGAUGAAUCGAGUACCAGCUGAUGCAGAAAAUGGUCACAGUAGCAGUGUGGAAUCUUGCCCUUCCUUGUGGGAUGUCCACUCCAUCAACCCAACGCAGCUGAUAGCAAGGAUUGAGUCAUAUGAAGGCAGGGAGAAGAAAGGCAUAUCAGAUGUCAGAAGGACUUUCUGUUUGUUUGUUACAUUUGAUCUCUUAUUCAUAACCUUACUGUGGAUAAUAGAAUUAAAUGUAAAAGGAGGCAUUGAGACUACCUUAGAGAAAGAAGUCCUACAUUAUGACUACUCUUCUUCGUAUUUUGAUAUAUUUCUACUGGCAGUCUUUCGGUUUAAGGUGUUAAUACUUGCAUAUGCAAUGUGCAGACUGCGCCAUUGGUGGGCAAUAGCUUUUACGACAGCAGUGACCAGUGCCUUUUUAUUAGCAAAAGUAAUUAUUUCACAGCUGUUCUCACAGGGUGCUUUUGGCUAUGUGCUGCCCAUCAUAUCCUUCAUACUUGCCUGGAUUGAAACUUGGUUCUUGGACUUUAAAGUGUUACCACAAGAAACUGAAGAAGAAAAUAGAUUUCUGAUAGCACAGGAUGCUUCAGAACGAGCAGCUCUUCUUCGCCCAGGAGUCCUCUCUGAUGGGCAGUUCUAUUCUCCUCCUGAGUCUGUAGCAGGUUCUGAUGAAGACUCUGAAGAAAAACAAGACAGUGAGAAACCGGUUGUAUAAUAAAGAAGAAAAAGCAGAAAGAAAAUCUCUGCAGGAAGUUGUUGGGGUUUGGAAACUGGCAACAGAGUCUGUGGCUGACUUGCUGGCAGAGCUGCUGACAGGAGAAUUUAUUCAUUAGAAAGUAAAGGGAAUGGUUCCCAUGUACUGUAAUACCUCAUAAAGAUGUACCUUGUUGACAUAUGUACAUUAGAUUGUCUCCCAGAUGGUAUGAAAGUAUUUGUCCACAAUGUAUUUUAUUAUUCAGUGAUUCCUGAAGUUGAUCUUCUAAUGACUAUUGCUAGAAGGUGUUGUCUUGUGUACCUAAUCAACAGACUAGUAAUAUAAUGAAGUAAAACUUCUCUGUGAUUGAAGUAUAUUUAAUAAUUGUUGGGUCUUACUAGAUAAAAUUAUUUUAUGUUAUUGUAAUUUUUAAUUCAUUCAUGUUUACUUUUUUUAAUGCCAAGCAUUUUCUUUUUUUUUUUUUAAUGGGUAUGUUCACUUUCUAAAAUAAAAAUUAAAAC